ACCAUAGAUCAGUCAUUUCGAGCCACGAGAAUCAGAUAAUAAUACAAUUAUGAGAUAAUAUUCAGAUAACAUUAACAACAUGGUUAAAGUCAAGUGUGACGGUUGAAUUUGAAGUUCUAAGAUAACUUUUGUAAAUUUUAACGACUAAACUAUAACUUACCUUUCAGAAGUGUAGUUAUAUACAAUGUUAUUGCAAUUCGGUUCUUUAAUACUAGUAGGAAUAUUAUGGGGCGCUACAAACCCUCUUAUAAAACGAGGAUCAAAAGGAAUUGUACAUAUAAAAGGAAAUAACAAAAUAAAGCAACUUCUGCUAGAAUGGAAGUAUUUAUUUACGAACAUUAAUUAUAUCAUUCCACUUAUAGUAAACCAGUUGGGCUCAGUAUUUUAUUUUUUUGUUCUACAAAGCUCAGACUUAUCUUUAGCUGUCCCUGUAGCAAACUCUUUGUCAUUUGUGUUUACUGCCAUAUCUGGAUGGGCACUAGGAGAAAAACUUCCAGAUAGAAGUAGGUACUCAAUCAAUGUUGUUUUCUGUUUAAUACAACUAAUUUAUUUUAGGUGCACUAUGGGGAAUUGCUUUAAUACUCCUUGGAAGCAUGCUGUGUUGCUCAGAAAAACAACAUCGUUAAUUAAGUUUUUAACAUAAG